AUGAACGCGCCGGCUUUUACAUCACCCUUGGCUAUUCCCCACACUGGAUUCAAGGAGCUUGAUGUUUCGCAGGGCAUUGAGGAGGAGUUGCUCCCGACAUACAAAGCAGAGAAAUAUUUCCCUGCGGAGAUAGGUCAGGUUCUGAAAGAUAGGUAUCAGAUCAUUGGUAAGCUAGGUUAUGGAGGCUCAUCUACCGUCUGGCUUUCUCGUGACUUGGAACUAACCUUCCUUGACUUUUUGAAUAUGGCUUUAAAGUUAUGUGUCAACGAUUCCCAGAAAGCUAAUCAUGAGUUGGGUAUCUACAAGCAUUUGGACUCUAUAUUUCCUCUGGUGAAGCAUAGUGGAAAAAAUUUGUACCGCAAGCUAUAUGAUUCUUUUGAGAUACAGGGCCCAAAUGGUACACAUGUAUGUCUUGUUCAUGAGCCUCUUGGACUGAGCCUCUAUCAGGUUCUUGACAUCCUCCCUACAAGGACUUUGACUUUGGAAAUGUUGAAACCUCCUUUGCGAAAUAUUAUAGUUGCGUUAGACUUUCUACAUCGUGCGAAAGUUGUACACACAGACCUACAAGCGCGGAACAUGCUUCUUGAUAUUGAUGAUAGAACAGUUUUCUCAACCUUUGAAGACGCUGAGAUAGAGGAGCCUGCGCCGAGAAAACUCCUUGGUGAUCGCACCAUAUAUAUGAGCAGAAGAAUCCCACCGACGCCUCGCUUUCCAUCGAUUACUGAUUUCGGCGAAGCUCGAAUUAUGUCAAGCGGGAAGUUGCCAUGGGAAGAUGUGAUGCCAGAUGUCUACAGAGCACCAGAAAUCAUCUUACGGAUGCCAUGGGAUGAGAAAGUUGACAUGUGGAGCAUAGGGUUGGUGUGUUGGGAUCUUGUAACAGGCCGAACUCUAUUCCGUGGUCGAAACUCAGAAAAGCUUCUUGAUGAUGCUAUUCAUCUUGCGGAAAUGAUUGCUAUCAUGGGUCGCCCUCCGAAAGAAUUCUUGAAGCGAAGUGAAAUGUGUCAGAUUUGGUGGGACUAA